AGUUGGGUUUGUUUAUGAUUUAUUAAAAAUAACUUAUCUUGUCAGCUCAAAUAAAUAUUCUAAAUCAUAUCGUCUGUCAUUUGUUUAAGAUUGUUUUUCUUCAUUUUGACUUUGAAUCAACUCUUAAGAACAAUUAUUGUGAAGAAAAAUAAUGGGUUCGUUGCAGAGAAUUGACAUUGAUAAGUCGCUUUAUGAUCAAAGUUCAUUUGUUGGUAGAUUUAAACAUUUCAUGUUCAUAACUGAUCCGCGAACUGUUUUUGCAAGCGAUGAAGAACUCAACAAUGCUAAAGAACUGGUACAGAAAUACAGGUUGAGCCAAGAGCCAAAAGGAACAACGAACGAACAAAUCGUGUAUGCGAAAAAGCUUUAUGAAAGUGCAUUCCAUCCAGAUUCUGGAGAUUUACAAAAUGCUUUUGGCCGUAUGAGUUUCCAAGUUCCCGGAGGAAUGGCAAUAACAGGUGCAAUGUUGCAAUUCUACAAGACCGUACCAGCUGUUGUCUUCUGGCAAUUUGUCAAUCAAAGCUUCAAUGCAUUGGUCAAUUAUACAAAUCGAAAUGCAAACUCGCCUAUAACGACGACGCAAUUAGGCAUCGCUUACGUGUCAGCGACGACAUCUGCUCUUGUUGCUUCUUUAGGAUAUAAAUCAUAUUUACAAAAACGAUCGAACCCAUUUUUUCAGCGAUAUGCGCCAUUCGCUGCAGUUGCAGUUGCCAAUUGUGUAAACAUUCCCUUGAUGAGACAAAACGAGUUAAAAAAUGGUAUUGACAUUGAAGAUGAAAAUGGAAAUCUUCUGGGAAAAUCACGCUUAGCUGCUGCAUCUGGAAUAACUCAAGUUGUAAUCAGUCGCAUUGUAAUGGCAGCUCCUGGAAUGAUUGUCUUGCCAGUUAUAAUGGAACGUUUAGAACGCCGUGAGUGGUUCCGACGUUUGAAUGUUUUACAUGCUCCAUUCCAGACCAUAAUGGUUGGGUGUUUUUUAAUAUUUAUGGUCCCAACAGCUUGUGGGCUUUUUCCUCAACGUGCUUCACUCUCAACAAGCCUCAUUCAAAAAAUUGAGCCAGAAUUUUAUAAUGAAAUUGAAACAAAUACCAAGGGAAAUGUUCCAUUUAAAGUUUAUUUUAACAAAGGCUUGUAAGACGUUUUCUCCUUUCCAUUAUUGUCGAUAUUAUUACGUACAUAAACUUUACAAGAAACUCUAAAAUUCCCUUUUAUAGAAUUGUAGAUAGACAAAAAGAACAAAAAUGAUAUUUGAUUAAGAAUAACAAAAUUAUUUGACGUUCCUUUAAUUUAAACUCAACUGAGAUUUCACUGGCUUUCCAUUGUGUUCCCUUGUCAAUAAUAAUUAAUUAUCUAGUGCAUAGAAAAAGGUGUAAAAUAAAAAUAUUCUCAAGGUUAAACUUUAAAAUAUACAACGUAAAUUUUUUAGUAAACU